CUGAUUUUAUUUUUGAAAUUUAUAUUGUAGAUUUUUCAAAUUAUGUCAUCUGAAGAAGCUAUUAUAGAAGCUGUAUUUCCUGUUAUAUUUAUAAUUAUUAAUAUUUUAUAUUUAUUUAUAUGCAAUUUAUUUGGACAAAAUAUUUUGGAUCAUAAUAAUCAAGUAUUUACUACUGCAUAUAAUGUUCAAUGGUAUAUAGCUCCUUUACAUAUUCAAAAAAUGAUACUCUUCCUAUUGCUAAAAGGCGCCAAAGAUUUUACUAUAACCGUCGGUGGAAUAUUUGUUUCAUCUAUUGAAUGUUUUGCUACGGUAAAGGAUUUACUGAUGCAACUUCAGCAUAUGUAUAAUGAGAUAAAGGAUGAGAAUGAAAUUGCUAUCAUAGAAAAAUAUGAUUGCAUUGCGAAACGAUUUACGAAUUCGUUUACAAUGUUCAACAUAUUGCCGCAUAUCUAG